CGGCCGGGCCGGGAGCCACGCCAGUCGGUGCCCCCGGCCGAGCGCGGUCCGCCUCGCUCUCAGCGAACAUCCAUCCGGAGUGCGGCCCGCGGACAUGCCAGAACCACCAGGGGCGCCGCCGCCGGCGCUCGAAGGCCGCGGAUGAAGAAAGUGCGGCCUCGCUCGGCCGGGAGCGAAGAGGUGGCCGGGAGCGAAGAGGUGGCCCGGAAAGAAGAGGUGGCCCGGAGCGAAGAGGUGACCCAGAGCGAGGAAAUGGCGGCAGCCGGGCUCAGCGUGACCGUCACCCACAGCAAUGAGAAGCACGAUCUUCAUGUUACCCCACAACAGGGCUGUAGUGAGCCAGUUGUCCAAGACCUGGCCCAGGUUGUUGAAGAGGCCACAGGAGUCCCACUGCCUUUUCAGAAACUUAUAUUUAAGGGAAAAUCUCUGAAGGAAAUGGAGAAGCCACUGUCAGCACUCGGAAUACAAAAUGGUUGCCGAGUCAUGUUAAUUGGGAAGAAGAAUAGUCCAGAGGAAGAGGCUGAACUAAAGAAGUUGAAAGGUUUGGAGAAGUCUGUGGAGAAGAUAGCUGACCAACUGCAAGAGUUGAACAAAGAGCUUACUGGAAUCCAACAGGGUUUCCUAGCCAAGGAUUUGCAAGCUGAAGCCCUCUGCAAACUUGAUAGGAGAGUAAAAGCCACUAUCGAGCAAUUUAUGAAAAUCUUGGAAGAGAUUGACACACUGAUUCUGCCGGAAAAUUUCAAAGACAGUAGACUGAAAAGGAAGGGUUUGGUGAAAAGGGUUCAGGCAUUCCUAGCUGAGUGUGACACGGUGGAACAGAACAUCUGCCAGGAGACAGAGCGGCUACAGUCCAUGAACUUGGCCCUGACCGAGUGAGGUGAGGUGGAAUGAGGCGGGGCUGCCCGAAGAACAGUGCCACCAGCUCUGCCCUCUCUGGGACAGAAGUGACCUGAUUUCUCCAGGGCUGCUGGGGACAGUUGGCCACUUCGCAGUUUUCCUGCACCUACCCUGUUCCCGAUGAACAAGUAUUCUCUACAGUCCGCAGUGGAGCUCCUGUCUUGUUUUCUUAUUCUGUCUCCAUGUGGCUGUGCCGUCCAGCAGCCCACCUUGUCUGGGGGACCUCUCCUGCCCAUCUUGCCAAUUCUUUCAACCUUGGGGUGCUUUCCUUGGGCUGGGGAGACCUCUCAUUUGUGUUGGAGUAAUUCCUAUAGGGCACCCCUGUCUUCAGAUUCAUGAGGCCUUUUUGCCCUUAUGAUUCUGUAGCCUGUCGAUGUUACCCAGAAUCACCAGGUUACAUCUAGGGAGUGGCUCAGAAUAGGUAUUUGGCUCACGGGGUGGUCCAGGUAUCCCUCAUUGUAACCAAAUUCUAGAACAGGUGGCUGGGUUGUUGUUUCAUAGACCUUGAUCUCACUUCCCAGUGACCCUGCCCAGCCACAGGCCACGAGACCUCAGGCCCAUUCCUGGGGUUGGGCUUGUAUUGAUGUGUGGACUUUUGUGCUUAAGUAAAUCUUUAGAAGGUUAGAACCUAGUAAUGACCAAAGCUCUGCUUGAAACCAGGUCACAAAUACAAAGUGGGGGGACAGAGAAAGGAACCACAGUGAUGCAGGUGGUGAAGGCAACCAUAAAUUUCUAAGGCGUUCCUCAAAGGUAUUUCUGUUCACUGUACCCUUCUGAGGUCAGUGUUUCCUUCAAGGCUGUUCCUGUUUGUUUUGUGGCCCCCUCCACUGUUACAACAUUUUUUUUAAAAAGCAGUUUAUGUAUCAUCAGCAAACAAAAGAAUGUUUAAACCUUUUUUGAUUAAAUAGGAGCAGCAAAAGCC